AUGGCAGACCAAUCCAACGUUCACGAAGAAGAAAACCCUCUCAGGGGAAAUAACAUCAACGCCCAAACAGAGCAAACGGGAGGAACUCCUGGAGAAAACACCGGAACUGCCGCCGAGCAAACUCCCGCAGCCGUAACCGACCUGUUACUCCAAAUGUUCACUGCUCAGUUCGAAGCCAUCAACAAAAGGAGCGAGGAACGUUUCAGUCAGAUGGCGGCACAGAUCGCCGAACUCAGUCAGACACGAACUCCUCUCCGAGUUCGGAACAUCAUUGACGAUCUCAAUGCCGACGGAGAUCCAACCAGAACUAUGAGGUCUGCCGCGGUCGGGUCAGCAUACCCACCAGCCCCGGAUUCAAGCCGAGACGCCGAGUUUGAAGCGAUGAAAGCACAGCUUCGCGAUAUCACCUCAAAAAUACAUCAAGCCACAAGCGCGGCCCCGGAGAUCGAGCGCGUCAUUCAGGAAACACAGAAGACUCCUUUCACAUCGCGCAUCGCAGGGACGCCGGUCAAGCACAUGGAGAAACUGAAGAUGAAAAUCUACGAGGGCAACUCUGACCCUCGACACUUCCUGACAUCGUUCGGCAUCUGCAUGAACCGAUACCAGUUUAAGUCUGCCGAAGAAAGAGACGCGGUUCAGUGCCAACUAUUUGUGGAAAGUCUGGGAGGAGUAGCUCUCGACUGGUUCUCACGGCUCGAAGCCAAUUCAAUCGACAGCUACAAAGAGUUAACGACAGCCUUCGUCAAGCACUUCUCCAUGUUCAUUGGACAGAAUACCAAGAACUCCGAGCUCUGGCAAGUAGCUCAAGGACCAAGCGAGAGCCUUCGCGACUUCAUCCAGCGCUUCAAGGCAAUCGUCGCCAACUGCACGAUUAGCGACGAAGCCGCUCUCUUAUGCCUUCAGAAAGGAGCUCGGAUAAAGACCAGUUUUCGAAGCGCGAUUACGCAUAACCCACCGCAGACGUUAGAAGAUGCGUUACACCGAGCUAAUACUUACAUUGCUGAAGAAGAAGAAGAAGCUGCGUACGAGCAAAGUCACUCAACAAAACAACCCGAACGUCUGAAACCCGCGACUAACGAGCCGCAGUCGGGAUACGGUCGAGGAUAUGAGAACCGCAAGAAACUCUAUGCUAACGCAAUCCAACAACCAAGCAAGCAGUGGAAUAAUAAAUGGGUCCGCGGUGAAGAAGACCAAGACGAGUCGUUAUUCUGCGAAUUCCAUAACCGUAGGGGCCAUAGCACCAAAGAAUGCAGGAAUUUGCGAGAAUAUCUACUCGGCCUGUAUCGCAAGGAGCCGAUCUCGGUCGACGAACUCCGACGCUCAAAUACGCCUAAGAGCGGUGGGCAACUCUCGAUGCCUCGACCGAACAACGAACAUCUCGCCAAAGAUCCACCAACUCCACCGGCUUUACCGACACUACCACCACCGCCACCGAAUCCGCCUGCUUUGCCCGAGCAACAGAAACGGAAUCGCGAUGACCGAGCUCCGGAGAAUCAUGCUCCUAAGGCGCGAGAACGUGUCAACAUGAUAAUGGGGGCCAUCGAAGCUUGCAGUUAUUCCCCGCAUAAUGACGCUCUCGUUGUCGAUCUACUCCUCGACGAUGUCGAAGUUAGCCGCAUUCUGAUCGAUACUGGCAGUUCGGUCAACGUUAUCUUCAAGGAAGCACUUGACCAGCUCGAGUUGGCGUCAGAUAGGAUUGAUCCGUUCAUCGAGCCACUUACCGGAUUUAAUGGAGAACGUUGUAUGACGAUCGGCACUGUCAAAAUCCCAAUCUACGUCGGCGGAAUCGCAAAGAUGAUCCAGUUCCUUAUCCUCGACAAACCGGCAACGGACAAGCCGAAGCCACGAACAAGACCAUCAUUGACGGACUGA